AUGGCACCGUCGACAUCUGUCGAGCUUGUCGCCAUCCCGGUGUCACUUAGUCAUGUCAUCUCCGGUUGUUCGGCGCUUUCUAACUCUGAUUCUACACCAGGAGCUCGCUCUGAAAUAAAGUCUCGUCGACCGGAAGCCGUACUCGAAAAUGAUUGCGCCAGGCUCUAUUGGGACCGGGCCGUAAUCACAGACAGGACUAUUCUUGCGAAUAAGCCUGAUAUUGUGCUGAUGGACCGGGCACAGUCAAGGAUAUUUUUGGUCGAUACUACUAUUCCGUAUGACGAGAACCUCGUGAAAGCCGAAAUAGAUAAGCAAACAAAAUAUCUGGCUCACGAGAUGACCGACAAGUGGGGUGGUCUGCCGACCGAAAUUAUUCCUGUAGUCGUCUCUGCAAACGGGUUAAUCCCAGUCAGCCUCUCGGGUCAUCUAAGGCGGCUGGGACUACGUGGCGGACCGCUCCAGGUUCAAAUGCAGAAGGCGGUGCUCCUCGAUACCGCCCGCAUCGUCCGCCGGUUUCUUUCCCUUUCCCCCUAA